AUAAUAAUAAACAAAAAAAUGGUUUUGUGAAAAUCGGAGUACUUCAUUCUGUACUUUUUCCAUCACCAAAACAUUUUUAGCCCUCUGCCUUCGCUUUUCUUCAUUCUCUCAUCUUGUCGAUCUUCAGGCUUCGUGGUCUUUUUCUCUUUUAGUUUUUUCGAUCUCUCUUUCUCUUUAUAUUUUUUAACACCAGCAAAAAAUUAGGGUUUUUGUGUUUUCUUCUCCUUUCUUAACUCUUGAAUCUCGCGCUUUUUUCCCCUUCUUUCGACAAUUCCUAGAUUCACUGGUUGUUUUUAGGUUUUGCAGAUCUAUUGAGCUCCUCUGCUUAAUCUCUUCUCUUCUUCACCAUGUUUUGGAAGCUCACAGCUCUGUCCACCUCUUCUCCCGUGGACUCGAUAUUAGACAAGGAAAACUUUACUUUGGAAGAGCUUCUUGAUGAGGAAGAAAUAAUCCAAGAAUGCAAAGCUUUAAACAGUCGACUUAUCAAUUUUCUACGAGAUAGAGCCCAAGUUGAGCAGUUAUUGCGAUAUGUUGUUAAAGAACCUCCAGAGGAUGCUGACAGCAAACUGGCCUUCAAGUUCCCAUUCAUUGCCUGUGAGAUAUUUACAUGUGAGAUUGAUGUUAUUCUGAAGUCUUUAGUUGAGGAGGAAGAGUUGAUGAACUUACUUUUCUCCUUCUUGGAACCAAACCGUCCUCAUAGUGCCCUGUUAGCCGGUUAUUUCAGUAAGGUUGUUGUGUGCCUUAUGCUACGGAAGACUGUCCCACUUAUGAAUUAUGUACAAGUACAUCAAGAUGUGUUCCGCCAACUGGUUGAUUUGAUAGGAAUCACAUCCAUCAUGGAGGUUUUGGUUCGGUUAGUAGGCGCUGAUGAUCAUGUAUAUCCAAAUUUUUUGGAUGUAAUGCAAUGGCUAGCUGAUAGCAAUUUGCUGGAAAUGAUUGUGGAUAAAUUGAGUCCAUCAUGUCCACCUGAAGUUCAUGCUAAUGCAGCAGAAACAUUAUGUGCAAUAACUCGGAAUGCCCCAUCAGCUUUAGCCACUAAACUCUCUAGUCCAAGCUUUGUUGCAAGGAUUUUUGGUCAUGCAUUGGAGGAUUCACAUUCAAAAUCUGGCCUUGUAAACUCACUCUCAGUUUGUAUCUCAUUGUUGGAUCCAAAAAGAUCAGCAAUUACUUCUCCCUUGAUGCAUUCUUUCCGAAAUCAACAUAUGUAUGAGCCCUCAAUCCCUGUAAAUUCAGAGACUAUCAACGCAAUGCUGCCUAAGCUUGGUGAGUUGCUCAUGCUUUUGCAUGUGUCAUCUGAUGAGAAAAUUUUGCCUACCACGUAUGGAGAAUUGAGGCCUCCUCUUGGGAAGCAUCGACUAAAGAUUGUGGAGUUCAUUGCCGUGCUGUUGAGAACUGGAAAUGAAGCUGCGGAGAAGGAAUUGGUUAGCUCAGGAACCAUUCAACGAGUUCUUGAUCUUUUCUUUGAGUAUCCAUACAACAAUGCAUUACAUCAUCAUGCGGAGAGUAUAAUAUUAUCUUGUCUGGAAAGCAAAAAUGAUGAAAUACUUGAUUAUCUUCUUCAAGAAUGUGAUUUGAUCAGGAAAUUUCUCCAAACUGACAAACAUCCAAUUCUUUCUGGUGACAGAAAUCAGCCAACUUUACCUGCUGCGGGAAAACGUGCACCGAGGGCUGGAAACAUUGGACACAUUACACGUAUUUCAAAUAAACUUGUACAGUUGGGAAGCAGCAACAGUCGCAUUCUGGCAUGUCUAAAGGAAAAUAGCGAAUGGAAUGAAUGGCAAGCUAAUGUUCUGCAAGAACGUAAUACAGUUGAAAAUGUUUAUCGAUGGGCUUGUGGCCGCCCAACAGUGUUGCAAGACAGAACAAGGGAUAGCGAUGAGGAUGAUAUUCAUGAUAGAGAUUAUGAUGUUGCAGCUUUAGCGAAUAACCUAAGCCAGGCUUUCAGAUACAAAAUAUAUGGGAAUGAUGACAAUGAAGAAGAGCAUGGUGCUCUUGAUCGAGAUGAUGAGGAUGUAUACUUUGAUGAUGAAUCUGCUGAGGUCGUCAUAUCAUCUUUGAGGCUCGGUGAUGACCAAGGAAGUCUGUUCACAAAUUCCAACUGGUUUGCAUUCCAAGAUGACAGAAUCGGUAAUGAACCUUUUGCCACAUCCCCCACAGAGGUUUUGGACGAGAUUAAUUUGAAUGGCACUGCAAAUAGCGGUAACAGUAGUAGUGAUGAUGAGGUGGUAGUUGGAGAGGAGGACGAGUUGAAUGAAAACAAGCAGUCAGCGAAUGGAUUUAACAAACAGUUUGGUAGUUGCACAUCUACUUCCAACGUGAUGAAUGGGUUUAACAGUUCCAUGAUUGGAGACUUGAAUCCACAAGGGGAGAAAGCAAAUGCUUCUCAAGAUAUGGGAUUUUUCAGGUUUGACACACCAGAAAACGAGGAUUUGUUUGGAGAUAGGUCUUUACCUGAGUGGGUGGGAUGGGGACAACCUUCGGAUUUGCAAGUAGGUGGUUCAAGCAAGAAUCCAUUUCUAGAUGAUGACAGCUCAGACGUCAACCUACCCGGUCAUACCGAGACAGUGGUCACUGAUGUUGGGGCCCCCUCAAAUGGGGAAUUCGUACUUCCAAAUGGUUCGUCAGACUCCAUGGAUUUGAGUGAUGGUUCGGUGAGCAGCGAUACAAAUAAAAAAUCUCCACCACCAGUGCCCUCUUUGUUUGAAGAGGAUGUUGAAUUUGUAGGUGUGGAAUUAGAAGGUACAGAGAGGGCAAUGGAACAAGCUUUGAAAGAAGGAAUAGUCGGGGAAGCAGGGCCAUUGAAGAGGAACAUUGUUCCGAAGGCACCAGAAAAGGAGAAUUCUGAUGAUGGUGGAGCUGGGAUGAAGGAGUUCAAUGAUACAAACUAUUGGAGGGUUGAUCACGAGGUUACUGUUUUGGAGUAAUUAAUGCUGGCCAAACAUGGAAGUGGCUUGGAUCUGAGAGGGACCAUCACAGUUUUGAUUGGCUGAGGGUUGAAGCAUCAAAAUUCAUAUGUACAGUAUAAUUUUGUUUCCAAAUGCGGUUGUACGGUAGGCUGUGCCAAUGGUUAUAACUGUUCAUUAGUAGUUACUGUUACUGGUAUUGUUGUUCUAUUAUUCAAGGUUUUUGUUCCUGUUACUCUGAUUCACAAGGUAAGGGUUUCCCCUAUCAAUCAUAUUUUAAUCUUAAUUGUAA